AUGGAUGGUAAAAUCGUCAACGAUGGGCAGGAGCGUAAACUAUAUGCUUAUUCUCCUGUCCAGCACCAACAGUCUUUCCCAGAGCCGGUUGUGUCUCCACAGCCUUCUUUGGGUCAGUUCCCUCCCCAGGCCGUCUCCCCCGAGUCAAUCGCACGAGAGACGUUCCCGCACCAGUCACUAUGGAUAGAUCCCCAGAGCCCAAAUCUUCGAGAUACUCCCGACUACGAUAGGGCUCACGACAGUCAUAGAGGUCUGAUGGGCCACGUGCCUGUUCAUGACACAUACUCAAAGGUUCCUGAUGUACACGUCGUAAAUCGACCUACCGCAGGUGCCUUGCCUGAGUCUGGACCUCUGAUGUUGAGGAUCAUGAAGAGUCGAUGGUCCAUGAUUGCUUGCCUGGUCAUUGGAGUCGCUGGCGCAGUCGGUCAUCACUUUCUAUACAUGCAUCUUGAUGGCCAGGAAGCCAAACACCAACAAUGGUGGAUGCGAUUGGGCCAAUUGAUCUCAUUCAUCGCCAACGCAAACUUCAUCCUUGCUGCGGUUAUGGCCCAUCAGCAAGUCGCAUGGCGAGCCGUAGGACAGAAAGGAUUCUCGAUCCACGCUGUUGAUGCCUUAUUCGGAGCUACCCACAAUAUCAUCGAGCUUUUUAACAGGGAGGCAUGGAUCAAAUCGUGGUUUGUCAUGUUUCUUGCUCUAUAUAUGUGGCUCAGCCCUCUUGUUGUCAUUCUUUCAUCAGCGUCACUCUACGUCGUGCCAGGCGAGAGGAUAGAAGAUACACUCUGUCCCUCAAUCCGAACUUUGAACUUCAGCAAUGAAGCAAAAGAGAGUUUUCAGACUCCCAAGAAGGCCGAAGGUGAAGUCAUGAAUGGUCGCUCACUUUCUGGCUACAACUGGACUGCGCCAGAUGGAAACCUUGCCGAAGGAGCCGCAGAGGAUGACGAUAUCUUCGAAUACUACAACGUUCCUUCUUCUGCACUCGAUCGCAUCGCAGCUGGUGUAUUUUCAAGCGGACAGACAACCCAGAAAGAGAACAUCUCGCUCGAGAUCUGUGGAGAUGGAUGGGAUUGUUCCACGACAGUCCAUUUUGUUGGGCCCGGAUAUAAAUGCGAAGAGCUUGCUAAUGGAGUCGGGUCCAAGAUGAAGAGUUUUGGAGAUGCUAAAGCGCCAUUCAACCUCAGCCAGCUUGUGCCAGCCUCCAACUUCACUUACUUCGCCAACACAGAUCUCGGAGAGUACAUGCGUCCUCAGAUGGACAAUGUGUCGAUCGGUGGAAUUCCUUCCGAGGUCGAUGGCCCGCCCUUCCCCAAGCAUCUCGGCGUGUUUCGAACCGAACCUUCAAUCUGGAUUGGCUAUGCCGCCGUGGACGAUCACACCAAGGCUCAUGCAAUGGAUAGUGAAGCCGAUGGGUGGAACGACGAUUACACUCCCAUUAUCUUUGCUUGCGAUCAUUGGGAGGUCAAUUACACCGUCACAUUCAACUUCACCUCAGGAUUUCAGAAGUACAAUAUUACAGGUCGGGACUACAAGCGAAAGAUUAUCGAUACGACCUGGAGCAGUUGGACCAAUGAAUCCACGGAUGGAACAGCCGAUGGAAACGUCGCAGAGCCAGAGAAGAAUUAUGUCAGCCCUCGUAACGAUUAUGCUCGAUACCGCCGCAUAGCCGCCUAUCAUAGCCUUGGGCUCAGACUCCGUGAGAAGCUUUUUGGCAAUGUCAAGGUCCAGGGAUCCGUCGUAGCAGACGGGGCUAUUACGACCACCAACCUCUUCGAUAGACACGAGAGUCUUGUAGUCCACGACUUCCAGCAACAAGUCCGGCGUGUGUACGAAGACUUGAUCAUCUCACUCCUUUCCGAUCCCCAGCUUCUUGUCGUAGCAUGGGCUGCCGACCCAUCCAAGCUGUCUGGUACCGGCAUCGGAGGUGAAGACACCAAGUACCAAUGUGAACGCCGACGCAAAGCCAACUUCUUUGACUACGGUUGGCCUGUCCUUGUCGCUGUUUACUCUGUGUCAUUCGUUGUGGCAUCGAUUGGUGUGUACUACGGCAUUGAUGCCAUGUCAAGCGACGGAAACAACGCACAACGCGUGAUGACAUUCUCUGCUAUCGCGGGCGCUACGAAGAAGGUUCCAGUGGACAAGGUGGAGAAGAGGGACACUAAAAUCAGGUGUUUUCCAAAUGAUGAACGGCCAGGGGAACGGACAUAUGAGUUCAGGGCUGAGUUGGAAGGAUAA